AUGUCCUACUCGUACACGGUGACGGAGCGCAAACGAAAAACGACAACCUCUGGUGGGUAUGGAUACUCAGGCAGCAGGUCGACAUUUGGAUACUGGGUCCCCCUUGCUCUCACUGUGACGGCAGCAACGAUCGGCCUUGCUGCGUGGGUUUGGGGUGAGAGGAAGGAUGACGAGGAAUCGAGCGAAGAUGAACAAUACCAAGGAGCGCCUCCUCCUCCAGACUAUGCAUCAAUGAGCGGCGGUCUUCCUCCUGGACCACCAAUGGCGGCUGGCUUCCAGGGAGGACCGCCUCCUCCAGGUGGCGCUCCCUUUCCAAUGACACCCGGCCCGCAACAACCUGGAGGGUUUGGGCCUCCUCCUCCCGGCGGCUACCAAGGGCCUCCACCACCGGGUGGUUUUCAGGGACCUCCCGCUCCCGGAGAGUUUCAAGGCGGCCCUCCUCCUCCAGGCUGGCGUGGGACAGAAGAGGAAUACCGCGCGCGCUCGACUGGAGUAGAAGAGCAACAAGAGACUGGUAUAGUGGCUCGCAUGUCUAGCGCACUGGGUUUCGGUCGAUCAGCCACUCCUUCAGGCGAUCGAUCGCGCAGCCAGGGCCCGGCUCAGCCCUAUGAUUGGGCCAACAAGCCAUUUGCUUCCGCAUCGGCGGCGGCGGGCAAGAUGGUCGAUGCUGCCCUCAGCACCCUCAGUGGCGGAGGCGGCAAAGGCUACGAAGACCAUGAGCGAUGGAGUGAGGAAGCAGAACAGCGAGACAAUGACCGGCAGAUCCAACAGGGUAUCAAAAGGCGUGGAACAGCGGACGAGUUCUUCUCUGGGAGUAUAGAGCUGCCCAAGUCUGCAUCUAUUGCCAUCGGGAAAAGGAAGACUGUGGCUGUAGUUGUCUCAGCCGCGGGAUUAAACCCAGAGACCGAGUCGGACGUUGAACAACAUGCGUCGAUCCUUUCACAUCUACCGGAGUAUAUCGAACCCGAGUCGACACGAGUCUUCGUCCUUAUCUACGCACCAGAGUUAAAAUCGCACCCGCUCAGCCUCCCAACACGACGACCCUCGCAGUCCAUGGCAUCUUCGUUCUCCAACAUCAGCCAUGCAGAUGCACACACUCCCGCCCAGACACCAGGGGACUUUCCCGAUGAUGCCAUUCUGACUCAGGUGGAUCCGGCUCCGAUCGACGAAUCAAACUCACUCUUCAGGACUCUAUAUAAUCAAGCCAUGAACGUUGUGGACAAAGAUACCAUGGUGUUGCCCUAUACCUCGACGAAUGGCCAUAAACAUAUCCUCCGCAGCCUUUCCCCAGAGGUUGUGUAUAUCCAAGAGUCGCUCUGCGGUCGAGAUGGCGAGAUCGUCUCAGACCUGUCUGGCUGGGUGAAGCAAACUGUUAUUGUCAUCGGUGACGAAGGUGGCCACGGCGGAUUGAUCGAUACGGAUGACGAAUCCGUGACUCACAAGGCGACCGAAAAGUGGUGGCAGAAAGAAGAGAGGACGGGACUUGGGAAGAGAGUAGCAGUCGUGGAGAGUCUGAAGAUUGGGGAGGACUGGGACAGACGGAUCAACGAAAAAGAUUGA